AUGUAUGCGCGUAGGCCGGUCUAUCCCGUACCGCAAGUACGAAGACUCCUGCCAGCUUGUGCCAUUUGCAUACUUCUGAUCAUCCUUGUGUCCACCGCUGGGUCAUUUGGGGAACUCAGUGCUUCGAUCUCGUAUAGAGCAACUGCAAGCACAGGCCAAUUUCCUCGCAAAAUCUGGCAAACUUGGAAAGUUGACCCCCUUGGGUUCGAAGAACGAGACCUGUCGGUCGCACGGACGUGGACGGCAAAGAACCCCGAGUAUAGAUACGAGGUAUUGACAGAUCAGAACGAUGUCCAAUACGUUGAGACGCAUUUUGGGCCUUCUGGUUUCAACAGAUUGGACAUCAUCUAUAUGUACAAGUCGCUGAGACUGAAGAUUAUCAAGGCAGAUCUUUUGCGGUACCUUGUCAUGUACGUCGAAGGUGGUGUAUAUACGGAUAUCGAUGUCGAAGCGUUGAAACCUAUCCACAGGUUCAUUCCCCAACGUUACUCGGAAAAGCAAAUCGAUAUGGUCAUUGGGGUCGAGAUUGAUCAACCUGAAUUUAACAACCACACAAUACUGGGAAAGAAAUCACAAUCGUUUUGUCAAUGGACCUUUAUGUGCAAACCGCGACUACCUGUCAUGAUGGUGUUGAUUAACAACAUCCUACGAUGGCUCAAUCAAGUUGCCAUAGAUCAGAAGGUCCCGAUUUCGGAAAUCCAACUGGGAUUUGAUGAAGUUAUCAGUGGGACUGGACCUUCGGCGUUCACCAAGGCUCUCUUAUCGUAUAUGUCUGGCAAAGAACAAGUCGGUGUAAACUGGGACUACUUUCACAACUUGGUGGAAUCCAAACUCGUUGGAGGUGUGCUGGUUCUCACGGUGGAGGCCUUUGCCGCAGGCCAAGGACAUUCAGACUCGGGCAACCACAAUGCGAAAAAUGCCCUGGUCAAGCAUCACUAUCACGCAUCCAACUGGCCGACAGCUCACCCUAGGUACAAUCAUCCCGUGUAUGGGGAGGUGGAGAAAUGCAACUGGGACGUGGAAUGCGUUAAGGCAUGGGACUACAACAAAGCGGUUUUCGAUGCAUUGUCGCAGGAAGAGCAGUUGGCGCAGAUCGCGCUAAAAGAUCAGACUGAGAGUGAAGACAUUAGUUUUCCUGGGCCCAUCAGUUGA